GAAAACAAUAAUUUAUUAUCAUAAUCCUUAAGUAUUCUUGUAAUCUUAUCCCUGUAUUUAUAGUUUGUUUCGUUUGUUUUGAAAAUAUUAUUCAACUGCCCAAUCAAAUAACCAUCCGUUUUCUUAUCAUUAUCUCAACAUCAUCAUCACUCCAAAUACCCAUUAUAAAAUUCAGAAAAAUAUACAGUAGUUUUCGGUUACAGCGAGCUUUACAAUAAUUAAUUAUUGUUAUUUAUAUAAAACCAUAUAUUAUUGACAGAUAAUUUGAUAUGGUUGAAAGAAGGCCGCACAUAAACCUUUCUUUUUGGCUCUCUUUUUUCUCAUGGUUGUUGGUAAGUAUGAUUAUGCUUAAUUAUUUUAAAGAUCACUCAAUUUGUUGAUCUCGGUGGUUAUGAUGUCUUAUAAGCUAAGUGUAUACUUUAUUUUAUUUUUAAGGUUUUAUAUUACUGAUUACUAACUAAUACAAGCAACUGAUGAGGCAUUUCAGCAAUUAAGAGAGGGAAAUCGGAGUGGGAUUACGCAACUGAGGCAAUUCAGUGGUGAUAUUGAAAUAUCAGGGAGGGAUUAAUGGAUAUUCUAGCUACCCCAUAAAUAAAGUAUGAAAAGGGGAAAAAGGAACCAUCUUUGAGUAGCUAGUUGCAUGUUUAUACAUACAUGUUUGUUGUAGGAGGUGUUUGAUAAAAGUCGCACCUGAAAUGGAAACAUCAUCUUCUACACCUCAAAACAACAAUAACAGUAAUAACGAUAGCCCAAUGCCACUUAGGGAACUGCAUCCCUCAAGAUGCUAUUAUCCAUACCCACCUCCUAUGGCUACAUAUCAGGAUGUUAUAGCCUCACCCCAACUCUUCAUGGAUACACUCCAGAUGCUCCAUGCCUCUCUUGGUACCAAGUUCAUGAUCCCUGUUAUUGGUGGGAAAUACCUUGAUUUACACCGUCUCUUUGUGGAAGUUACUUCUAGGGGUGGCUUUUCAAAGGUUGUUGGAGAGAAAAGAUGGAAAGAAGUAACUAUGAGUUUUAGUUUUCCAUCUUCGGCUACAAAUGCUUCUUUCAUUCUGCGGAAAUAUUAUACUUCAUUGCUUCAGCACUAUGAGCGGAUCUACUUUUUUAAUGCUAAAUGUUGGACCCCAUCUCCAUCUGCUGACGCUUUGCACAAUGUGUCCAUGAUUACAGCUCCACCUAGUCGGCUGCCUAAAACAGUAAAGGUGCCUUACAUUCAAGCCGACGUGCCACUUCCACAAACAGAAAAAGUAGCAGCGGAAACCGUUGGAACUCCAGCAGGGUCAGAGGUGUAUGGUGUUAUUGAUGGGAAGUUUGAUAGUGGGUAUCUUAUAACUGUAAAAAUCGGAUCAGAAGAGCUCAAAGGCGUCCUAUAUGCCCCUGUAGACCAGGCAGUCCAACAGAACCAAACCGUGUCCCAAAUGCAAAUUGUCCCUGCAAAUAGCAGUGAUAAUUACACAUCAGGAGUGGUUAAGAGAAAGCGUAGGAAGAAAUGUGAAAUCAAAAGGAGAGAUCCUGACCGUCCAAAGCCUAACAGAAGUGGUUAUAACUUUUUCUUUCAAGAACAGCACGCAAAACUGAAACCAUUCUUUCAGGGGAAGGAUAGGGAGAUCAGUAGGAUUAUCGGGGAGUCGUGGAACAAAUUGAAUGAUUCUGAAAAGACGAUAUAUCAGGAAAGGGCUAUGAAAGACAAAGAACGGUACAGAAUGGAGCUGGAGGGUUAUCGGGAAAGGUUAAGGACGAGGCAAGUCCCGAGUCAUGCUGCUGUGCCAUCUUUCAUCAUGCCAACUGCUCAUCACUUUAAGCUCCCAAGUAAAGACGGUAAUGAUUUCCCCCCAUCAGAUGAAGAUAUUUUGGCAAGCUCCAGCAAGAGUGAACAGAGCAGCUUGGAAGACCAUAAAGCUGAUGAUAAUAAGAUGAUGGCUCUGGAUCUGGAGGCUGCAGUGGAAAUGGAGGAGGUUGAAAGUGGCACUGGAUUUUGCAGUGGAAAAGAGUAGUUGAUACUUGAUUACUUGACAAUAGAGUUCAGAAGGAAGCUGUGGAAGAUCUUUUCACAAUAAUCAAUCAACUAAUUAAUUAGCACAAGGUGGAUCAUCGCAGUAUCAGUAACUUAAGGUGUUGAUCAAGAUUAGAUUAUAAUCGACUUUGUAAUUAGUCUGCAUUUUAUUGUUUUUUUUCUACUAAUCAAAAUAGUAUUUGGAUGGGAAAUACCGAAAUGAUACUUUCUUCAUGAGUAGGAGGGUAUUAACUUUAACUCGCAAAUUUUCACAAGGACGUGAAAAGUUGUCUAAUUUGAUAGGUGGGUGAGGACUAAGGAGUUAGUUGUAUUUGCCUAUUUCAUUGUAAACUUGUGGUUUGGGCCUCCAUUUCCCUGGUUCAUUGUAUUCAGAAUUUCAGAUGGCACAUAAUGAAUUUCAGUUCUAUUGUUUGGGACUGA